AUGGUGAUCACGCUGCCAUCCCCACCCAAGAUGGUGAUCUCGCUGCCAUCCUCACCCAAGAUGGUGGUCACGCUGCCAUCCCCACCCAAGAUGGUGGUCACGCUGCCAUCCCCACCCAAGAUGGUGGUCACGCUGCCAUCCCCACCCAAGAUGGUGGUCACGCUGCCAUCCCCACCCAAGAUGGUGAUCUCGCUGCCAUCCCCACCCAAGAUGGUGAUCACGCUGCCAUCCCCACCCAAGAUGGUGAUCACGCUGCCAUCCCCACCCAAGAUGGUGAUCUCGCUGCCAUCCCCACCCAAGAUGGUGAUCUCGCUGCCAUCCCCACCCAAGAUGGUGAUCACGCUGCCAUCCCCACCCAAGAUGGUGAUCACGCUGCCAUCCCCACCCAUGAUGGUGGUCACGCUGCCAUCCCCACCCAAGAUGGUGAUCACGCUGCCAUCCCCACCCAAGAUGGUGGUCACGCUGCCAUCCCCACCCAAGAUGGUGGUCACGCUGCCAUCCCCACCCAAGAUGGUGAUCACGCUGCCAUCACCACCCAAGAUGGUGAUCUCGCUGCCAUCCUCACCCAAGAUGGUGAUCUCGCUGCCAUCCCCCACAGCCCCAGGAAACACCACCAAUAUACCAUCCAUGUUUAAGCAAUGGCCGCCACUGUAG